AUGGACGACAUGGAAGCCCCUGACGAAGCCCUCAUGGCCCAAAUGGGCUUCUCAUCCUUCGGCGCUGCAUCACCACCAUCAAAGCGUCGUCGCUACAACCCAAAUGCAGAUGCAGCACUUCCUUCUCAGGAUUCUGCAACUGGUGCAAACUCUACCGCCUUAGGCACCCCCUCCAACAACAAUGAGAUUGCCCUUGACGACGAUGAUGAAGAGGACGACAACUCUGGAGAGCCAGUGCCAGCGCAAGUGCGCCCGGCGAGUCUCCCUCAACGGCCUGCUCCGGCAUAUAGUCCACACCAAGGCCAGCAUGCGGCGCCACACGAGCGCAGUGAUACUUGGUACAUUGGGUACUACGAUCAUCUAUCUAACGAAAAUCCCUGGGACAAGAUUGAGAAGGCGCGUGGUUCGACGACAAGGGGAACGUGGAUCCCUCGCAAUACGAACAACGCUGCGUCAAAGGCUAAUGCUCCGGUUUGA